AUGAGACACUCUCUGCCUGACCGCUCCGUGACGGGCACGACCAUUGAGGACGCCUACGUGAGCUUCAUUCUCUACUGCAACCCGAUUGUGCCGUUGGAUAGCAGUACGGCGGCUCUGCGGGAGGCAUUCCGAACGCCUCCGCGUAGCGGCGGAAAGAGCUUUAGCAUCUACACGCUGUUCCUGCUCAUCUGCCAGCUCGAGAGCAAGCAGAUCAAGACGUGGGCUGAGCUGGCGCUCAAGCUGGGCGUCGAUCCUCCUGACCAGGACAGUGGCCAAAGCUCACAGAAAAUCCAGCAGUACGCUGUGCGGUUAAAGCUCACACGGUCCCAGCGCUGGAUGCAUGCUAUGCAUGUUGAUGCGUUCUUCGACUAUCUGAUGGACCGUGGCCAUAGCUACUGGACAGAGGUGCCGUCCGAUCUCGGUGCGUUUGACGACUAUUUGCGCGACGGCGUGGCUGCAAAAGACGACAUGGCGCUGCGUGCUCUUGUUCCCGAGAUAAAGCCACGUCGGGGGCGGAGGCGGCCGGACGAGGACGCAGAUCAGCAGCUGCUGAGCUGCAUGCCACCGCUGCAGAAGCAGCGCCUUGACGACGCGCCGGAAAAUGCAAACGGCUCAUGGCCGCAACACCCCCACAACAAUACCAUAUACGCAUUCGCGCAGCCGCCGGGCAACUCAGGGCACGCGGAAGCACAUGUGCAGGUGCAGCAUCCGCAACUGCAUAUUCCAUCGUACGACAUGAGCGGGGGACCGCACAUGUCCCUGCCGACGCCUCCGGUGGGAUCAUCGUGGACAGGCAGCGAGUUGGAGUCGCCAUUAUCGGCAUACCCGACAACAUCCAUCACGCCGACGCGGCAGACUUUCUGGGGAGACGAGCCAAAGCCGGCUGUGGCAGCGCAGCCGGCCAAGACAACACGGUCUUCCGGCCGUCGUCACGGCGCCAAGGUGGUCUCGUCGGCAUGGCGCAGCAGCAGCGGCACUGGCGGCUCUGGCAAGACGCGUGGCCGACCGCCCAUUAAGCGCAACGGCAAUGGCAAUUGCAACGGCAUCAGCAACAACAACAGCAGUAGCAAAGCCCGCAGAAAUGGCAACAAUCAGCAGACAGCCGCUGUUGAGAGCUCGCAGGCCGUAUAUACCACAAUGGAGCAGACAGCGGCAGUUUUUACGGAGACUGCAUACCCGGCUCAGCUGUCCAACUCGACAUCGCCGGAGCUGCCAUCCACGUAUAUGGCUAACCCGGUGCUGCAUGAUGCAGGCAGCACAUCUUCGGCCGGCUCGGUACUGAUCCCUCUCGUGUCGCAGAUGCCGACAUCCGACGGCGGAGCAACGGUGUCCAGGCAUUGUGAUGAGCGCUCUGAGCGUCAGCCAAUGUACGGACCGGAGCGGGCGGAAGUCCGGGGCUCAAGCAUUGCAUUGGCGGUGUCGCCGCUGGGAAUGUUCAACGGAUGCGCGCCAUUCGGCUCUGACAUGAGCUUUUUGGACCCUAAUGCGCUCGCGUCACCGCUGUAUUACGGGAGCUUUGCCGGGAACAUGGCAGGCUAUCACCUGAACUAUCAACAUGAGGACAUGAGCACGCAGCCGUUCGGGAACGACUCCUUCUCAUCGCUAUAUUCCGUGGCCACAGCAGGGCAGGAUCGGAGCGUGUACAUGGUGGAGGCGGAUGAUGUUGUUGUCAGUAUGGACAAUAACAGCCACAUCAAUGCCGGUCGGGUCCCAGGAGUGAGCAAUUCUCUGGGCACGGGCAGGACGGCGGUAGGCGGGUACAGCAACAACAUGAACGGUACAUUCGGCAGCGUAUUGGGCAAGCCAGCGCCAGCGCCACUCUUCAGCCUACCAUUUCACUUUGAUGCGCAGAAAGACCGGACGAACGUGGAUGAGACGCACGCGUAUUUCCUGCAUGAGAUUCUGUGUGCGGAAUGGCGGGACGCCAAGGGACAGCUGACGCAGGGCUGCACGAUUGACGAGGCGCGUGCGAUUGCGGACACGGUGAUGACGAACCUGAUCAAGAAGGCGCCUUCAGGGGAGGCAUUUCUGAUCAACGUGGCGAUCCUGGCCGGGGCGAGGGUGCUGAUGGACCAUUCGAAGAUGGAGCUUCGGCGGAUGGGCGAGAAUGACGAAUAUGCCGAGUUUGGGAUGAGCUGGGAGCUCAGGUUUGGCAGCGUGCGACGGCGGUUCAACAUGGUGGAAAGGGUGCCGCAAACGUACUGGGCCAAGACGCCGAUGGAGGUGAAGGCGGAGGCGGAGAGGCAGAGCAGCGAGGAGGCGGUGGACCGGAAGCGACCGGCGGUGACACCACCAAGCACGAAUGCGACGCCGUAUGCGACACCGCCGGACAUGGGGACACUGCCAGCGACGAUGCCGGACGAUACGACAGGCUUGGCGGCGAUGUGGGAGAAGCGAUACCGCGACCUGGUGGUGGUGCUGCACAAGCGAGACAAACAGCUGGGCGGCCUGAAGGCGCGGGUGCUGGAGGGAUUGAAAGACCGAUGA